AUGCCGAAGGGAAUAUUCUACUCCAUUGAAAGCGAGGAAAGCUCGAGAGCUUCAAAACAAAAUUGUCACUUCAUUUUAAUGGUGGAAAACAUUGUUACUCUACUCAACUUAAGAGUUGAGUAUUUGUUUUAUGGCAAAUAUUUGGCGCUGUUCAUUGCCUUGUUUAUUGCUUUGACAUUUGUUCAUUGUAAUGUAAACUCACACGAAAAUCGUUUACCACAAGGAGAGUAUGAAAUGAGUUUUGCUUUUGCUUGCACAUUAAACAGUGUUCAACUUUUAAUAAGUCGUUAUGACGAUGCUUCAUCAGCAUUAAUAUUUAAUUGA